GACGCUUUUGUCAUCACCAAACCUUCCCGCACUUCCUUUUGGGGGAAACAGGAUCAGUGGUAACAGAGCAGCCAAUUGGCUUUUAAUCAAUGGAGCUAUUUUUGAGAGCACGCGAGCGGUUCUAGGUGAGGUCUCGUUAAAGAUAGCAGUUUGUGUAGGUUGCUGCUGGCUUCGGUGUCGUGAAAGUGACUGCAGAGAUUAAACAGGACCUGCCGUGUGCUGCUGCUUCAAUAACUGCGAGUACAGCGGGGGAGAUUUCUCCAAAACCUCUUGCUGCAUCUUAAAACCGAGGAGACAUCCAGAUAAAGGUGACCGGGCAGUUGACCUAACAAGUUUUGCAGAAGAUACUGGGAGGAACCAAUUCUUAAAAUGCCCGUGGCAACAUCCAGCUCUGACUCCGCCAUGCAUCAGGCCCUCGACACACUGAGUGACAGCACAAGCUCCACAACUGCCAAUGACCUGGACCUCAUCUUCCUCAAAGGCAUCAUGGAGAGCCCGGUGGCCCAUGAGCAGUUUGAGGAACACAAGCUGGAGGCUGUGAGGGAGAACAAUGUGGAGCUGGUCCAGGACAUCCUCAAGGAGCUCAACCCGCUCGCCAACAGGAGCCAGGCGGCCGACGAGCUGGUCCGCAUCCUGAAGGAGCCUCACUUCCAGUCCCUCCUGGAGACCCAUGAUUCUGUGGCGUCCAAAAACUAUGAGACCCCUCCCCCCAGCCCCUGUUCCUUCAUGGACGCAGCCCUCAACAACCAGCCCGUUCCCCCAGACGCAGUCAGGAUGGUGGGCAUCCGCAAGGUGUCUGGAGAGCAUCUGGGAGUGACGUUUCGAGUGGAGAGCGGCGAGCUGGUGAUUGCCAGGAUCCUCCACGGCGGCAUGAUUGACCAGCAAGGUCUGCUCCAUGUGGGCGACAUCAUCAAGGAGGUGAACGGCAAGGAGGUGGGCAACGACCCCAAAGUGCUCCAGGAGAUGCUGAAGGAGGCGAGCGGCAGCGUGGUGCUGAAGAUCCUGCCCAGCUACCAGGAGCCACACACACCGAGACAGGCCUUUGUAAAGUGUCACUUCGACUACGACCCAUCCCACGAUAACCUGAUUCCCUGUAAAGAAGCGGGGCUUAGCUUCAACAGUGGAGACAUUCUGCAGAUUUUUAACCAGGAGGAUCUCAAUUGGUGGCAGGCCUGCCACAUAGAAGGAGGCAGUGCAGGUCUAAUUCCGAGCCAGCUGCUCGAGGAGAAAAGGAAAGCGUUUGUGAAGAGAGAUCUGGAGCUCGCAACCACAGGUCCUCUAUGUGCCGGAAUGGGUGGUAAGAAGAAAAAAAAGAUGAUGUAUUUGACCACCAAGAAUGCAGAAUUCGAUCGCCACGAGCUGCGGAUAUAUGAAGAAGUUGCCAAGGUCCCACCCUUCAGGAGGAAGACGCUGGUUCUGAUUGGUGCGCAGGGGGUCGGCCGUCGCAGCCUGAAAAACAAGCUGCUGGUGUCGGAUCCCCAGCGGUACGGCACCACCAUCCCCUUCACCUCCAGAAAACCGAAGGUGGACGAGCGGGAUGGCCAAAUGUACUCCUUCAUGUCCCGCAGCGAAAUGGAGUGCGACAUAAAAAACGGUCGUUUCUUGGAGCACGGCGAGUAUGACGGGAACCUGUAUGGCACUAAGAUCAACUCAAUCCACGAGGUCAUAGAAACAGGAAAGAUCUGCAUCCUGGACGUCAACCCGCAGGCUCUUAAAGUCCUGCGGACGUCAGAGUUCCUGCCCUAUGUCGUGUUCAUUGAAGCCCCGGACUUUGAGGUUCUCAAAGCCAUGAAUAGGUCAGCAAUUGAGUCAGGAGUGGUCACGAAACAGUUAAUGGACUCUGAAUUAAAGAGGACGGUGGACGAGAGCGAGCGCAUCAAGCGGGCCUAUGGACAUUACUUUGACCUCUGCAUCGUAAACGACGGCCUGGAAGCGGCGUUCCGAAGUCUACGGUCAGCACUGGAGAAACUGUCGACGGAGCAGCAGUGGGUGCCUGUCAGCUGGGUCUUCUGAAAGUUGCCAAGGGCUCACCGGCACGGUGUCCGGCCCACAGGUCGAAGGUCAGAGGACGGUUUGGUAACUCCAGAGGGGCUGUCUCCAUGGUGGUGGAGGGCUGUAGUGAAGGGCCAAGCGUCAUGAUUCAGUGCAAAUGACCAGCCUCAUGUAGAGCGUUUUUGUACAAACUUAGUGUUCCUCUGUUGAGCCUAAUGUCAAGUUGUACUUUAUUUGUCAGAAUUGGAAUCAUUUUCUUGCUAUCUGUUGAGAAGGAUUUAGAGUUGAUUAUGAGGUUUAGUGCAAUAGUGUGAGUGAGUGUGCGUAUGUUCUCAUAAUCGUGGAAAUAGACUUAGAGUAAAGAGUAUGUUUGCUCUAUUGAAGGUUUUCGUUGAAGGAUAUUAAACUUUUUAGCCUUUCCUACUUUAUGUAGUGUAAUGUUUACAUUGGAUUGGUAGGACAGAUUGGUGAAGGAAAGAUACCAAAUGUCAUAUUUGUGAUUUAAAAAAAGAACUCUAUAUUUUCCCAUUUGAUCAUACAGUAUGAAUGUAUGUGUUCAGAAAUGUGCUUUAUAUUGUGCGUCUUCACUAAUUUGACAAAACGAACAGCAAUAGAUAAUUUUAGACAAAAACAUAUAUGUGCAAUACAUCUAUUCACACUAAUGAACACAGACAACGAUAUAAACAUUUUGCGUUUAUCCUGCAGUCUUAAUUUCUUUUGUUUCCUUUUUAAUGUUGAUUCCAUUGUACAUUUCUUGUCCUAUGCUGGUAAGGCAUGAGAGGACCCAGCGAUUGAUCACUGUCCGACCACUGACUGCUUGAUUCUGUUGGAGUUGUAUUUGUAGCACUGAGAACAACAACAAAAAAUGAAGGAAAAAAAACAACUGAAGAAGUAGCCUACAAUAUGCACUGAUUGUAUAAUGAAGGCAAAUAUUUUACUCAACAUUACAGGUUGGACAAUUAAUGGAAGUUGUCACAUUUUUUGUUAUUAUUAAUGUACAAAAAGUAAAAAUAUUUAUCAGUGGUUUUAAAUUCAUACUUACUUUUUGCCUUAACAUGGUUCAAAAGCCAAGGAAACACUAUCACUGUACAUGUUCCUUCUUAGAAAAUGGAGAAAAAUAAUACUGGCAACUCAUUUAAUAUUUAUUUUAUUUUCCCUCAAACUUGUAAGUACUGUAUUGUAAUAAAGAGUAUAUAGUAUAACAUAGAGAAACACUUGGUGCUUUAUGAUUCUGCUGGUUUGUAGAUGCAGUUGCACAACUACACUGUAGUUUUGAUGUUCAUAUAAAAAUGUAUUAAAAUUGGAAAUGUUGAGAGUACUGCA